UCACCAUUCAUGAGUUAAGAUAACAGUCAACAAAUAUUCAAAAAACAAUUUAAAAUUGUACGGGAAACUCAAAACCCUACAAAUUGAAUGUUUCUCAAGAAUUUUACAUAAUUUUUUGUUUUGGUUUUUAUGGGCCAAGUGAGUACUAUUGGAGUUUUCUUGCGUAGAUAUCGUGUGUCUAUACUCUUUCCAACAUUUAGCAUCGGUGCUAUUGUCGCCGAUUACGCACACACACAAAAGUAUAAAAAGUCGCUCGCUGAUUUCCAGAAAAAGCUGCAAAAGGAGUCACAGUAAAUCCAAAAACAU